CACGCCGAUGAUCAGCCCCCACCCCGCCUGCAGCUGAGCUGUUCCCCUCCCUCUUUUACCAACCCAAAAACGCGGCAAAGCAGAACAGAAGUUGCUCACAGCACUCUUGCGCGGCCUCGCAAUCAGAUGCGAUUCUGUGCCUAGGGGUGCUAUGCCCAGCAGAAGAGCCAGCCGCCGUCUCGUCUCUUCGGCUAGGCUGCCGCGUUUGCACCCGACUGAGAUCCAUUCCUACCGCUUGUCUGUCAAGCUCUAUGCGAAACAAUGCGUCUUUUACGACGCUGCGAUAAUGGCGAUUUCAGUCUUACUCAGUUCAGCAACGAGGCUAUUCCUCAUGCUAUACUUUCGCAUACGUGGGGAGCAGAUACUGAAGAGGUCACCUUCGAAGAUCUCACAAAUGGCGCUGGCAGGGACAAGCCUGGCUAUAAGAAGAUCUGGUUCUGUGGAGAACAAACUGCACAAGAUGGCCUGGAAUGGUUUUGGAUAGACACCUGUUGUAUUGACAAGACGAAUACCGCUGAGCUCUCACGAGCUAUCAACUCCAUGUUUCGCUGGUACCGCAACUCGUCUCGAUGCUACGCCUAUCUUUCGGAUGUCUCUAACCCUCCUUUUGGCACCAACGAUGAGUCUGAUCCGCAGCCAUGGGAAUUGAAUUUCUGGAGAAGCAACUGGUUUACGCGUGGUUGGACGCUUCAAGAACUUCUUGCACCUUGUUCGGUCGAGUUCUUCUCCCGGGAAGGCAAGCGACUUGGUGAUAAGCGUUCUCUAAUGCAACAGAUUCGCGACAUAACAAAUGUUCCAGAAUUAGCGCUCCAAGGAGCCCCUUUAUCUCAUUUUAGCGUCAACGAGCGAUUUUCGUGGAUUCAACACCGCCAUACCAAAUUCGGCGAAGAUAAAGCGUACUCAUUGCUGGGCAUUUUCGACGUCUACAUAGUGCCCAUUUAUGGCGAAGGGACAGCCACGGCAUUUAAACGGCUCACGGACGAGAUUGCAAAGCUGGAGAAAUGUAUCCAAGACUUGCGCCUCACUGAUCCUUGCGAUGACAAGAAGCGCAUUGAAGACACAAAGGGUGGUUUGCUAGAGGAUUCUUACUACUGGAUUCUUCAGAACCCCGACUUUCAACAAUGGCACGAAAGCCAGCAGAACCAACUGCUCUGGAUUAAAGGGGAUCCUGGCAAAGGCAAAACCGUGCUGCUCUGCGGUAUUAUCAAUGAGCUAAACAACUCUAUUGCUCACCAAGAUCUGUUGGCAUACUUCUUCUGCCAAGCCACGGAUGUACGAAUCAAUAGUGCUACAGCCGUGCUGCGAGGUCUCCUGUACUUGCUUGUCAGGCAGCGGCCUUCGCUUGUGUCACACAUUCGGAAGAAGUACGACCACGCAGGCAAACCCCUGUUUGAGGACGCAAACGCAUGGAUUGCCUUGCGCGAGAUAUUUGAGAAUAUCCUGCAGGACUCAAGUUUAAGCAGAACGUAUUUAAUUAUCGAUGUGCUGGACGAGUGUGUAGUGGACCUGCCGAGGCUGCUAGACUUUAUCGCCCAGCAGUCUUCUGCAUCCCCUCGCAUCAAGUGGAUCGUCUCUAGCCGCAACUGGCCAGACAUUGAGGCACAGCUCGCAAGAGCGGGACACGGGGUAAGGCUGAGCCUUGAGCUGAACGCAGAGUCUGUUUCUACUGCUGUUGGCGCGUUUGUCCAGCAGAAGGUGCUUCAACUAGUGCAAGAAAAGAAGUACGAUAGUGAAACAAGAGACUUAGUGCAGCACCACCUAUUAUCAAACGCAGAUGGCACCUUCCUCUGGGUAGCUUUAGUGUGUCAAGAUCUUAAGAAAAUACCACGACGGAAGGUGCUCGCGAAGCUGAGAGCGUUUCCACCUGGGCUGGACUCUCUGUAUAGGCGAAUGCUGGACCAAAUAUGCAAUUCAGACGACGCAGAUCUCUGCAAGCAGAUCCUGGCCUUGAUCGCAACUGUUUACCGACCUGUUAUGUUGCAAGAGCUGGCAUCUCUUAUUGAGCUGCUUGACGCGGUCGAUGAUCUUGAGUUGCAGGAGAUCAUUAGCCUUUGCGGCUCGUUUCUCACGGUUCGAGACAGAAUUGUCUAUUUUGUACAUCAAUCAGCAAAGGACUUCUUACUCGAAAAGGUUUUAGACAACAUCUUUCCACCUAGCAGGGAAGACUUCCACCACACAAUUUUCUCAAGAUCGCUCCAGAAUAUGUCUAGGAUACUACAACGAGACAUUUACAGCCUCGGUGCGUUGGGGUAUCCUGCUGAGCAGGUUAAGGAGCCAGACCCAGACCCGUUAGCAGCGUUACGCUAUUCGUGUAUUUACUGGAUUGAUCAUCUCUGUGAGUGGAAUCCUAGAUUUUCUAACAAUUACCGGGUCGCACUGCAUGAUAGAGGCACUGUCGACAGCUUCGUAAGACAGAAGUACCUGUACUGGCUUGAGGCUCUUAGCCUUUGCAAGAGCAUGUCAGAGGGGUUAGUUUCUAUGGCGAAACUAGAGGCCUUAAUCGAGGGAGGAGCAAAUACAUCCAACCUAGUCAAACUAGUCCAAGACGCACGUCGGUUUAUCAUGUAUCACAAGCGGGCAAUAGAAAACAGUCCUCUACAGGCAUAUGCGUCCGCACUCUUGUUUAGUCCAGCUCGCAGCCAGAUAAGAAGUCUUUUUAAGAUGGAAGAGCUAAGUCAGAUCAAGAUAAAGCCGUCUAUAGGAGAUGAAUGGAGCGCGUGCCUGCAGACGCUCGAGGGCCAUAGCAGCUUUGUCUCGUCAGUGGCCUUCUCUCACGACUCGAUCCGGCUGGCGUCAGCGUCGGACGACCGUACCGUCAAGAUCUGGGAUGCAAGCAGCGGCGCCUGCCUGUCAACGCUCGAGGGCCAUAGCGACCCUGUCACGUCAGUGGCCAUCUCUCACGACUCGACCCGGCUGGCGUCGGCGUCGUACGACGGUACCGUCAAGAUCUGGGAUGCAAGCAGUGGCGCCUGCCUAUCAACGCUCGAGGUCAGCAGGGUGCUCGAGAACAUAUCGUUUGACGCCACCGGUUCGUAUCUUUACACUGCAAGUGGGACUAUCAGUAUUAGUGCAACUGGAUUAGUUCCUACACCAAUUGCGACACAUCCUCAGACUCCAGAAUACGUAGGCCUGGCGUUAAGUUCAGAUAGGACAUGGAUAACAUGUGAUUCUAAGAAGCUAGUAUGGCUACCGUCGGAGUAUCGGCCAUCAUGUUCAGCAGCAGUGUUGAAGAGAAUUGGAAUUGGUGUUGGGACUGGAAGAGUCUGGGUAUUCGACAUGUCAGCCUAACAUAGGCUAGAGCGUUUGUGUCGAGAUGAUUUAUUACCUUUAUUUCUUUUAUAUCUCUAUUUCAUAGAGGGGCCCGGGGAUCGAGGUGAAUAUAUACCCUCCUAAUUCGCUACCGCGGAGCAUUCUCUAAUUAGGAGACAAGAUAGCUAAUUAUAUAACCGCAUGUUGAAAGGUUUGCC